UAGCAGGUUUUAACUUCAAAUUAGAGGUGUUAUUAAAAACACUUUAUGGAACUUCAGUAUAGUCGUUUGAUAGCAACCACUGCUGACGUCAUCACACUGCGCCGGUGUUGUUGCUAAGUGAGCUGGGCGUAAAGCACCAUCCAUCAUGGUGGCAUUUCCAAGUUCACUGACGGAGGAAGAGGAAACCCUGCAAAAGAAAUAUGCUAAACUCAAGAAAAAGAAAAAGGCACUGCUUGCCUUGAAGAAGCAAAGUUCGUCCAACCAGACCAACCAGAGCGGCUUGAAACGCACGUUGUCUGACCAACCAGUGGUGGACACAGCAACGGCAACAGAGCAAGCAAAGAUGCUGAUCAAGUCUGGUGCCAUCAGCGCCAUCAAGGCAGAGAAUAAGAGUUCUGGUUUUAAACGUUCUCGAAUGCUGGAGAUCAAACUCAAGGACCCAGAGAAAGGCCCUGUUCCUGCUUUCUUGCCUUUUCAAAGGAGUGUCUCUGCAGAUGAAGAACAACCUGAGUCUGGGAAGAGAGCUCACAGAAAAUCUCUGUAUGAAAGCUUUGUCAGUUCCAGUGACCGAUACCGGGAUGAGGACGAUGGUGGUGGCAUGUCGUCCAAUCGUGACAUGGACAGAGACAGAGACCGAGACAGAGACCUGGACAGAGAUAGAGACUGUGAUAGGGACAGAGACAGAGGCCGGGACCGAGACCGCGAGCGUGACCGUGAGAGAGAUCGAAGCAGAGACAGGGAUCGAGACCACGACAGAGACCGGGAUAGAGAUAGAGAUGGACCAUUCAGGAGAUCAGACUCCUACCCAGAGCGACGAGGAGCACGAAAGGGAAAUACGGUCUACGUGUACGGAUCUGGGCUCACUGAGGACAGCCUUCGCUCUUCCUUCUCUCAACAUGGAAACAUCAUUGACAUCUCCAUGGACAACCCGCGCAACUGUGCAUUUAUCACCUUUGAGAAGAUGGAGUCUGCAGAUCAGGCUGUGGCUGAGUUGAAUGGAAGCACUGUGGGAGAUGUCCACAUCAAAGUCAGCAUUGCCAGGAAGCAACCUAUGCUGGAUGCAGCUACUGGAAAAUCUGUCUGGGCUUCACUGGCUGUGCAGAACAGCACAAAAGGCUCCUACAGGGACAAGAGGAACCAGGUUGUGUACAGUGAAGACUUCCUGUAACAAAGACCAAAUGAAUAAUUUGUAUGAUGUUUCACUAACUUGUUAUCUGGCUUAUUUACCUGCAUGUCUUGCAGGACAAAGCUAUUCUGCUGUGCUUUUGAACAAGCUAACUUUAGUUCACACGGGCGCCAUGAUGCCGUUAACUUUGUGACUAAUAAAUAGUAUCAAUGCAUUACUG